AUGGCAACCAGCAACACCCCACCAGGGAGUGUGUUUAUGCCUCCCACACCGCCGCCUACGGUAGAGAAGCCGUUAUCUCAAAGUGCUCAAACCAUAGUGAAUCGCUUCCGCCGUCAUCGCAAAGGCUACCGCCCAACCCCUUGGUGGGAGGGUCAACUCAAACCAAGCGGUUACACACAAGUUCUACAUGCACUAGAUACUAAUAAAUCCCUUCAUAAAUACGUUGAUACUAAACUACGAUACGAUUACGACCCCAAUCGCUCUCGCCUCACAAUCCGAACGCCGAGUCCUCUCCAUGAUACGUUUUGCGCAAGAAUAGUCGAUGAAAUAUCGAGGCAAUUAAGACAACAUCAACAAAGCGAUAGCCCAAUCGCCAAUUUCGCGCAGCAAGUCCAACAUUUUGCCACGUCCCGAAUCCUUCUACCCGAAGACACAAAAGACGGGAAGCAAACUUAUAUUAGACGGGAACCCGAUGCAUCCUUUGGACAUCUCCAGGCAUACUACCCUGGCGUAGUUUUAGAAGUAUGCUAUUCGCAAAAAAGCCGUCGUGUUGCCUACGUGGCAGACGAAUACAUUCUAAAUACUGAUGGAAGUAUAAAUGUUGUGGUUGCCUUUAAUAUCGACUAUGAAGGGUCUAGGCGAGCGACUAUUACUGUUUGGCGACCAGAAAAGAUUAUGGUGGAUGGGGUGCAAGAGUUUCGGGCAACUGCCGUAAUAAGUGCAGAGCCAUUUCGGACAGAGACUGGAAGUCCAAUUAAGGAUAUAGCACUGCGACUAUCACUUAGGGACUUCGCGACGGAGGAGCUCUCACAAGGUCUCAUAGGGGUUAAUGAAGAGAUUCUCAUCACAUCGGAGCAGCUUUGUUCCACCAACCAGGUUCCGCCUGGCUUUUUAAAGCGACGCCGGCCCAGAACCCCUCCAGAGCAGCUAAGCUCAGAAGAAGAUAUUGAGAGGAACAGAAAAAGUAAACGUGGGCGCCACAGCAGCGACUUUCACCCGAGCUCUUCGUCUAGUGGACACUCAUUUUUAGAACCGUCAUCGCUCUUUCAAGAACCAUUAUCUUCGCGUCCGAUGGAAUCUCGCGAGUUACCUAAAGAGGCCAAUGAUGUCCGAAAAGAGAUUAAGGAAUUAAUACCACGAAUCACCGCAGUUGAAGAGGAUGAGAGCGGAAAUAAGAAGUAUGGCGGGGACGCGCUUUUGGAGUUAAUUACUCGUAUGAAAGCCGCUCUUGAUAUUGACGAGUCCUGGGAAGGACGCUUGAGAUAUUGGUCGAAGCGUACGAAACUAGAUCUUCGAAGUCAAGCAUACCUCAUUCCAAUACCUGGCGAAAUAAAAGUGAACGGUUGGUUGUUGAAGGACGGAUUCUUCGUACAAGUCAAUAAUGAUGUGGGGGUGGGUGCGGAUACGAUUGUUCUAAUUAUUGCGCCCCGGUGA